GCAGAAGGUGCGUUUAGAGGGAGAGAGAGAGAGCGGCUUCCCGGGAGGACGAGGAGAGACCGCGGCCUUCCUUCCUUCCUUCGAGAGAGUGACUUUCCUCUCCUGUUGCAAUGGGUGACAGCGACGAUGAGUACGAUCGGAGGCGCAGGGACAAAUUCCGUCGGGAGCGGAGCGACUAUGACCGCUCUCGGGAACGGGACGAACGCCGGCGGGAUGACUGGAGUGACAGGGAGUGGGACCGGGGCCGAGAACGGCGGAGCCGCGGCGAAUACCGCGAUUACGACCGGAACCGGAGGGAGCGCUUCUCCCCGCCUCGCCACGAACUGAGCCCCCCGCAGAAGCGCAUGCGGCGAGACUGGGAUGAGCACACGGCAGACCCCUACCACUCCGGGUACGAGAUGCCCUACACCGGGGUCUCCACGGGCCCCACCUAUGGACCGCCCCAGCCCUGGGCCCACCCCGAGAUGCACGUGACGCAGCACCACAUCCUUCCCAUCCAAGCCAGGUUGGGGAACAUUGCGGAGGUGGACCUGGGCAUCGCUCCUCCGGUGAUGAAGAGCUUCAAGGAGUUCCUCCUCUCUUUGGACGAUUCCAUCGACGAGACCGAAGCCGUCAAGCGCUACAACGACUACAAGCUGGACUUCCGUCGGCAGCAGAUGCAGGAGUUCUUCCUGGCCCACAAGGACGAAGAGUGGUUCCGGUCCAAGUACCACCCGGACGAAGCCGGGCGGAGGAAGCAGGAGUCCCACAGCGGCCUCCAGAACCGCCUCAGCGUCUUCCUGUACCUCAUGGACAACGGCUGGUUCGAGGGCCUGCAGCUGGACAUUGACAAGGCCACCGCCAUCAUCAAAGUCCUGGACGCCGCCGUCAUCAAGAUGGAAGGAGGCACUGAGAAUGACCUGAAGAUUCUGGAGCAGGAGGAGGAGGAGGAGCGGCAGGAGAAGGCCGAACUGGCCAAGAAGGAGGAGAACCGGCUCCUGGAGCUGGAGCGCAAAGGCGCCGAGAAGGACGACGGCAAGAAGGAGGAGGCCAAGAAGGCCAGCGAUGAGGAGGCGGCGGAGGACAAAGCGAAGAAUGCCUCUGAGGAGGAGGAGGAGGAGAAGCGGGCCGAGAAGAAGGAGGAGCCCGACAAGGAGGCCAAGAAGAGCAGCCACAAGCGCAAGCGGAAGCGCAGCGGAGACGACAGCUACGACGAGGGCAGCGUCUCUGAGUCAGACUCUGAGUCGGAAAGCGGCCGCCCGGAAGAGGACGACAAGGAAGAGGAGAAGCCCAAGGAGGAGAAGGAGGCAGCGGCAGCGGCCAAAGAGGGCGAGGAGUCCCCCAAGGCCAAGGAGAAGGACGGGGAGCCCAAGCCGCGGCCCCUGCACAAGACCUGCUCCCUCUUCGUCAGGAACAUCGCCCCCAACAUCUCCCAGGCCGAGAUCGUGGCGCUGUGCAAAAGGUACCCCGGCUUCAUGCGAGUGGCUCUGUCGGACCCCCAGCCAGAAAGGAGGUUUUUCCGAAGGGGUUGGAUCACUUUCGACCGCAGCGUCAACAUCAAGGAAAUCUGCUGGAACCUCCAGAACAUCCGGCUCCGGGACUGUGAGCUGAGCCCCGGGGUAAACCGGGACCUGACCCGGCGCGUGCGCAACGUCAAUGGCAUCACGCAGCACAAGCAGAUCCUGCGCAACGACAUCAAGCUGGCCGCCAAGCUGAUCCACACCAUGGACGACCGGACACAGCUCUGGGGAGCCGGAGAGGCCCGGCCUGCCUCUGAAGUCUCGAGCCUGCCCUCCCAGAACCCCAUCCUCAAGAACAUCACGGACUACCUGAUCGAGGAGGUGAGCGCCGAGGAGGAAGAGCUGCUGGGCAAGAGUGGGGACACCUCCGAAGAGGCCCCCAAGGAAGGGAACCCCGCAGAGAUCACGGUGGAGAGAGACGAGAAGCUGGUCAAGGUGCUGGACAAGCUCCUCCUCUACUUGCGCAUCGUCCACUCUGUGGACUAUUACAACAACUCCGAGUACCUCAACGAGGACGAGAUGCCCAAUCGUUGCGGGAUCAUCCACGUCCGGGGGCCCAUCCCCCCCAACCGCGUCACUCACAGGGAAGUGGCCGAGUGGCAGAAGACCUUUGAGGAGAAGCUGACCCCGCUGUUCAGCGUCCGAGAGUCCCUCUCCGAGGAAGAGUCCCAGAAGAUGGGCAAGAAGGACCCCGAGCAGGAAGUGGAGAAGUUUGUCACCGCCAACACCCAGGAGCUGGGCAAAGACAAGUGGCUGUGUCCCCUCAGCGGGAAGAAGUUCAAGGGUCCCGAAUUCGUGCGGAAGCAUAUCUUCAACAAACACGCAGAGAAGAUCGAGGAGGUGAAGAAGGAGGUGGCGUUCUUCAACAACUUCCUGACGGACGCCAAGAGGCCCGCACUGCCCGAGCUCAAGAUGAACCAGCCCCCCAUCCCAGGACAAGGCCUGGCCCCCGGGUUGCCUUACCCUCCGCAGGCGCCCCAGGGCUUGAUGCCCUACGGACAGCCCCGGCCCCCAAUCCUGGGAUACGGAGGCGGACCCCCGUACCCUCCCACCCCCUAUGCAGCCGGACGAGGGAACUACGACACUUUCCGGGGGCAAGGCGGGUAUCUGAACAAACCACGAAACAGGAUGGUCCGAGGAGACCCCCGGGCGAUUGUCGAGUACCGAGACCUGGAUGCCCCGGAAGACGUCGACUUUUUUUGAGCGAGAGUCCUCCUGCCCGGUUGAGUUUCAGUUUAUUUCCCUUCCCCUCCUAUUGCUUUUUUUUUUACACAACAUUGCCCCCCCUCCUUCCUCCCUUCUAUGCAUUUGUCUCCCCAACUCAGUGCACACUUUUGGCCCGCGUCCUUUGUGUGUAUGCUGCUUAUGUUUUAUCUCCGGUAUGUAUGUCAAUAAACCCCUCAAGUGAA